UCCUAUCUAGCCUAUACUACGAAGCAGAAUGAUGACAUCAACAGCGUUCCCGAAGUACGAGCAUAUGGCGACCAAUGUCGCACGCUUCAGCACCAGGUAUGUCUCUCGUAACACUCACAACCCCGAUCCACACCGCACAGAACAGAAGAUGCAGGAGGCUGUAGAACACAUGCAGAAGGCACAGGCAGCAAUGAUAGAGUCUGAGAAUAGACACCGCCGCCCUUCUACAUUUCAGUCCAUCUUACACACAGGUGAUUUCCGGUUUUGCGAGUCCAUGGCGUGCAAUCCGAUUCUCCAGUCAGCGAGAAUUCAUACAUUGAUUCUUGACACAACUUACUGCAACCCUCAGUAUGAAUUUCCUAAGCAAGAUUCUGUCAUCAAUUUUAUUGCUGAGGCGAUUGAGGCAGAGGCAUUCAAUCCAAAAACUCUCUUCCUGAUAGGAACGUACACCAUAGGGAAAGAACGCAUCUUCCUUGAGAUUGCACGAAGGCUGGACUGCAAGAUUUAUGUCGGAAUGGCAAAGCAACGGCUAUUGGAAUGUAUGGACCUUCCCACUGAGGACCUGGGCAGACUCACUUCAAAUGAUUUGGAGAGUCAUAUACAUGUAGUUCCAAUGUGGUCCAUUGCAUCUUUCAAAAGGAUGACCCACAUCAUACAGCAUUACCGCGGUCGAUUCAACACUGUGGUUGGUUUCUCUCCAACCGGAUGGAGCUUCGGUCGUGGGAAGAAGCGUAAGAAUGGGUCCCGAUAUCAGCAGGGCACACUGAUCAGGUAUGAUGUACCAUACAGCGAACAUAGCAGUUUUUCAGAGUUGCGAGAGUUCCUCCGACUUUUGCAGCCAGAAAACAUAAUACCAAGUGUAAACAACAAGAGUAACGAGGCGGCGGAUUUCAUGAUUGCACAGCUUCUGGGUGAAUAGUGUAAACUCACCUUACCACACGAAGAAGUGCUUGUGGCUGCUUCCUACCUGGAGGGUAGUGCAGCGAGAUGGUUGAGUGGGUUAGUGCAACUCCAGGGGUACGGUCAUGACUUCCGCUCUUGGGCAGCCUCUCAAAAGUUGGAGGACUUCCUGAAAAUGGUGGAAGACAGGUGGCAUGAUCCGCAGGAGGCUCAAAAGGCCACUGAUGCGAUUCUGACACUGCACACGCGGCAGUUUAAGUCAGUAAGGGAUGCCACCGACGCUGUAGAGCGUUUGAUUUGUGUUCCAGGGGUACGCUAUGACCCCCAGGUCAUGCUAACUUCGUACCUGAGGACCUUAUCUCUGCCGCUCAGGAACCAGUUGGCGAAAGAGGCCAACAUUAAUAUGCACAACUUUCCUUCGUUCAGCAAGGUGGCCCUAGACCUAGAAGCAAACAUAGGCCAUGGACAGGCACCCACUACGGAAGGGAGAAAGAAGACACUGCCUCCCAACUGGAAGGCGAAAGGUCGCAUCAUGUUUGUCGACAACGAUGGAUCAACCAUCGUGUUGGACGGGAACUUCCAGGAGGGAGUAGGUGCAGAGGCAGGCGGCGAUACUUCAGAGGGUGGAGUAGUCGCCGCCGUAACCCAACAAAAAGGUAAAGGGACCGGUAGACGCCCUAGGGGAUCCCGGUCGAAGAGUCAAACAGACCCCAAUGCUCCUCCAUGGGAGAAAGUGGGUCUAGCUGAGGACGUGUGGAGAGAUCGGUGGGCACGACAAGCUUGUAUCAAGCGUGGCCAAUAUGGUCAUAGCAUGUACAAGUGCCGCAAUAGGAAGGUCACCGAGAAGAUUCCGCCCACUACGGGGUCGGCAGUAGGAUCCUCUCAAACUGUUGGUAGCAACGUUGCUAGUUCUUCAAGCAGUGCUCCGGGAAACACAGAGCCCCUACCGCACAUCGAUGAUCUGUUAGAUAGAGUGCAAGGGUGUCGGUACUUCAGUAAAAUAGAUCUGAAGUCCGGGUACCAUCAGAUUGCAAUCUGGCCGGAGGAUCAACACAAAACCGCAUUUCAGACCAGGUACGGUCUAUACGAGUUUGUAGUGAUGCCUUUUGGUCUUUGCAAUGCUCCUGGCACCCUUCAGCACGCUAUGAAUCAGAUAUUCCAUGACUACUUGGAUAAGUUUGUCAUCGUGUACCUCGAUGACAUACUUAUUUUUAGUAAGACUGUCGAGGAACACGUAGCACACUUAGACAAAGUUCUCGGUCUCCUGCGACAGCACAAGUUCAAGAUCAACGGUGAAAAGUGCGAGUUUGGCCGCACCCGUAUCUUGUACUUGGGUCAUGAGAUCUCCGCGGAAGGGUUGAAGCACGAUGACGCGAAGGUGGCCAGCAUUCGUGAUUGGCCACGUCCUCAGUCUGUGACUGAGAUGAGAUCUUUCUUAGGAAUGACAGGGUACUAUAGGACUUUCGUUAAGAAUUACAGCAUAGUGGCCGCUCCUUUGACUGAUAUGACCCGCCUUGACACCCCUUGGGAGUGGACAGAUGAGUGUGAGGCUGCUUUCAAACAUCUGAAGCAUGCGUUGACGCACUAUGAAGUCUUGAAGCUACCCGAUCCUGAUAAGCCAUUUAUAGUAACCACGGAUGCUAGCCAAUAUGGCAUUGGCGUCGUGCUUGCGCAGCAGGAGGGAACAAAGUUGAGGCCAGUAGAGUACAUGUCCAAGAAAAUGCCGUCUCAGAAGUUGGCUAAGUCCACUUAUGAGAAGGAGCUCUAUGCGGUGUACAAGGCUCUCACCCAUCGGAGACACUACCUCCUUGGGCGGUUCUUCAUCCUUCGGACUGAUCAUCAGACCCUGAGAUGGAUGAGAACACAGCCAGUACUCUCUGACGCUCUCAAGCGUUGGAUCGAAGUCAUUGAGCAAUAUGACUUUGACCCUCAGUAUCUUAAAGGGGAGUACAAGAAGGUUGCUGAUGCCUUGUCGCGCAGACCGGACUUCUCAGGUGCGCUGAUUACUGAGUACGAUCUGACGGAUGACGUUACUCAGUCUUUGGUGGAAGCCUAUCGUCAGGACCAGUUUAUGUCUGAGAUCAUACGCAGACUUGAUGCGAAGGAUAAAAAGACCUCCGCCUAGUAUGAGUUGAUCAAUGGAUUGCUGUUCCUAGAGAAGGCAGGGAAUAAACGCUUGUGCGUUCC